AUGGAAAAGGAAGCAACGGGCGAUGUGGAAGACGGGGAAAUGCCACCAGAUGGCACACAAGCCAGCGCAUUCCUCACGGAGCCUGAGCUGUCCAGUCAAUGGGAGGAUACAUCAUAUUGGCUUUCCAUGGUCAAGAACAGCAUUUCUUCAAGCAUCUCUGAACGCGAGACCCUAAUCGCAGAGCUGAAGCAGGUUCUGCAGGCGGCGACUCGCGAACGAGUUGAGUGGCAGAAGAAGGUUAAGGCGAUGCGGCGUUUCCGUAUCCCUCCAGAGCCGGGCCAUUGGCACGAGUCGGUGACUUCUGCGUUGACUUGGAGGGCACGCGAGGUGGAGGCCUUGCAGCGUGAAAUCACGCUGCUAGAGAUGAGGCAAAGGGGAGAGCGGCGGGACAUGUGCCAGCUGCGUGCGCGGCAAAGCAAGAGGAGCACCGAAGAGGCAAGCUCAUUCUGCAGUCGCAGUUCCUUAGGUGGAGGUGGCUUCACCUGUCGGGAGAAGUCGCAGUCUGGCUCUGUCGGCUGGGCUGGCAGCUGUUCAAAGCUGAAGCCCUUGAAGAGCACCAGGAAGCCAAGGGCUCUUCACGUCAUCCUAGAGCCGCACGUGGCGCCUCUUGCACGUCGAAGGCAAAGAACUGAGGUGCAGCCCCUUUCUGGCGGUCUUUGCUCUCGUGCAAGAAGGGGUGACACGGAGGUCUACAUGUGGGGAUGGGAGCCCAACGACGUCUGCUUUCAGGAUCAAGAGUAUGCGUUCUCAUCCUACACGCUCCCUGACGUUCCUCGUUUGGGGCAUCGGGAGGCCAUUGUCGAGGCGCAGCUCCUCCACGAAGUGAUGAGCACAGGGCAAGGAUUUCGGGAUGGCGCGGUGACCGACAGGGUUCUUCCAGUGUUCGAAGAGGCGCACCUCUGA